UAAACUUUUCCCUUUCCCCACUAAGCAAACUGCAUGACUGUGAUGGCUGCUGACAGCCGUGGUGCCUUUGCGUGCCGAGGCUCAGGUAAAAUACCUCGUUUGGGAAGCGGUGUUGCUGGCAGUAGGUGAAGCGCCCUCGAAAAGCGAGGGAGAUGCAGGACGCUGAGGAGGAUGACAUGGCCUGCGGAGACCUGGGGAACGGGCUCGGCAGGAGGCCUGGCGGCGUCUACGGAGCGGACGCUUCGCAGAGCUCCCGCCUGUCCAGACCUAGGAGAGGGUCCGCCAAGGGCGGCAGCUCCCUCCCCUCAGCCAAGGGAGCCGCGCCAAACGGCCCCGCGGUUCCUCCCGCUCCGAAACAAACCCGCUCUCACGAGGGAUCGCCCAGAAAGGCCCGAGUGGGAGCCGCUGGUUGGACCCAGCAAAGCAGCUGUGAGUCUAAUUCUGAAGUAUCAAAUGAAGAACUAAAGCAACAACUUCAAGAAGCUCUAGAGGAAGUUGAAAUGUUAAAAGUUGAACUUGAAGCUUCUCAAAGACGGCUUGAAGGAAAAGCUGAAGCCCUAAGAAUCCUACAGAGCGUGGCAGUGUUUAAUAAAGCCACUAGUCAUACAAAAGCAAUGCUUCAGAAAACUGAGGAGGARAAGAGAGCUUUAGAAAAGGAAAUAAAUACUUUGCAAUGGGAAAUUGAGUUUGAUCAGGAUAGAUUUAAAAACAUAGAAGAGACAUGGACAGAAAAAUAUGACAGGAUAUAUUGUGAAAAUGCAGCUCUUAAGGAAACAUUGAAACUGAGAACAGAAGAAGUUAAAACUCUUAAAUCUGAAAAUGCAAUUUUGAAUCAGCAGUGCUUGGAAUUUCUUGCAAUGCUUGAUGUGAAACAACAGAAGGUUAUCCAAGAAAAUAUGUCCUGGAAUAAAAGUGGCCUUACAGAUAUUACAGGUCUUGAACUGGCGGUUCUYGGAGCCUGCACCUGCAGCACUUCGGGAGGGCAGCCCUGUUCCUGCGCUAGAAUGUCAGCGGCAACUCGGAAGCAGCUGCUCCAGCUCAAGCAAGAGAUUGAGCUUCUAAAGAAGAGUAAAGAUGAAGCUUAUAUAAUGGCAGAUGCUUUCAGAAUUGCAUUUGAGCAGCAGCUAAUGCAGAGAAAGGACCAGGCCCUGAGGCUGGCAGAAGUGAAUAAGAUUAAAAAGGAAACAAAAUUUAUAAGCUGGAGACGUCUGAAAGAGGAUGGACACGUCAAGUUGCAAGGAAACAAGAAAAGCCUGGGGCAGAAAUUAUCAGGUCUGCUGUCUUCAGGUGUGGACUGUAGGAGAGUUGAAGAGCUGGACAAUCCUCAUGAAAUCCUUAAGAUGUUAAUAGAUUUGUUAAAUGACAAAGAAGAGGCUUUGGCUCAUCAGAGAAAAGUGAGUUACAUGCUGGCUCGUGCAAUAGAGAUGAAAGAAGAUGCUUCAGAAGAAAAUAAAGAAAAUGCUCUGAGGACUUGUCAGUGUAAAGCCUUGCAAUCCCAAGGGUCAUCUAAUCUUGUAUACACUUGCAGCAAAAACCUCAAUUCUCAAAACAGUGUUUGUUCUAUUUCCAAUACAGAAAUGUUUGGAAACUCAGUAAAAAUGCUUCGAAAAUCACAUUCUUGGCCAUCAGAGACUAUUCACUAUGAAGAAGAUCAUUCAUAUGAAAAAACAGAUGAAACUGUUGUGAUCUCAAUAUAGUCAGCAGUGGGAUAAAACUUUUUUUUUAAUCUUUUGGAAAUGCCAAAAAAAAAAAAAAGAAGCCUGCAGAAAAUGACUUCUUUAGGUACUAAUUAGCAUUUAACUUUUACAAAUAAUUUUGGUUAACAUAAAACAAAAGGGGGGGGAAAGGCAGCACCCCACUCCCCCCCGGAAAAUCUGUUUUAUCAACGUUUCCAACAUUUCCUUUUGGCCUUGAGAGGCUUCCGCUGGGUACAGUCAUGACAAGAAAUUUUGUCCGAAUUAGGAAAAUGACUUAAAAUUAAUGUAGAUUAUAGACUUUUUGCUGUAAGGAAAGGUUAUGCUUUUAUAUUUUGUCCCUUGUAGAACAGCUGAUGCUCAAAAUAAAUUUCAUUUGAAAAAA